UAGCAAGCCUACUUGGCUAAAUGAUGACAGGCAAAGAGACGAUGGAUUAGGCUCUCAGUACAAUUUUUCUUUCUCUCUUUUUUUAAAUUAGAAACAACAUACCCCAGACCAGGAGGCCCACAGACACACAACAUCCUCUGUAUAUAUUUAAAAGGACUUAUUUUUGAGACAGGUGUGUACAGAAAGCAUCAAUUCCAUAGUCAUGGCUGAAUUCCCUUCCAAAGUCAGCACUCAGACUAGCACUCCGGAGGCUUCUUCAUCAAGAGGAUCUUUGGGGUUUGUGAGCUUCGAUGUGGGCUUCCUCAGUUCAAUUCCGGGAAUCCUGAUGACUAUAGAAAUUGCUCUGGGACUCCUGGUGUGGGCAUUAGUUGCAGACAGUAAUCAUCCUUCAACCAGUGCAUAUGGCUGGGUCUUGUUUGUCUCCAUUACCUGCUGGCUGGUCACUCUCUUUGUGUUUGUGGUGUUUAUACUGCAUCUCCAGACAAAGAUGACUGUUAUCCCUUGGUCAUUGGUGCUGCUUAUUUAUCAUGCAGCAGCCACCCUCCUCUACAUAACAGCAUUCAUUACAUGUGCAGCAUCGGUACAAACUACAACUGAUAUGAACAGUGCCGCAUAUAACAAGAAAGCAGCAGCUUCGUUUUUUUCUUGCGUAGUGAUGAUUGCAUAUGGAGCAAGCACCUUCUUCAGUUUCUUGAUAUGGAGGGGAAGUGAGAGCAACGCAGCCACCGAUCAAGCCUGAUGUUUUAUGAGAAUGGUUAAAAUUUGUUGCAUCCACUUUUGUUUUUACAUUAUUUUUAUGUUGCAUUUUAUUCACUCUAACUUUGUAAGAAGAAGUGUGCAGCAGAGACCCAGGUUCAGUCAAUGAAAAGUGUCAAUCUCUGAACGCAUCUGGACUUGCCGUGGGAAAACCAAUGGAUGGUUUGAGCUGACUGAAUUCCAAAGCUAUCCCUGUUCAUCAGCUUUCCUCCUGGCACACCAUAGCAGCGACAUGAUGCUGCCUUACCAACCAAGACACUGUUUUGAAUUCAGAAUAAAGACAUUCAUAUUGGUUCUUAA